CUUCUCCCCUUUCUCUCGAUGCCACCUGUCUACCCCUUCCAAUCGGAGGAGCCCUCUGUGAUGGCCGACGAGGCGACGGCGAUGUAGAGCCUCGCCGGCGAAAACCCAAGAUCCGGCGCUGUGCUCCUCCACCGGCCACCCGCGCGCCUUACUUGCUUCGAGGUUCCAAACUGCCGCAGCAUCCCCUCCGCGACCGCCCAGACCCAUUCGCGCACUGCUCCGAUCCGCGAGUGGCGGCGCUUUUCCCCGCGGCCUGGCAGUUGGGUUCGGUUCGCUGCUAGUCUCUGCGAGGAGUCGGUUGCCCCUGCCUUCCCGUCACCUCGCUCCCUUCUCGUUCGAGCCUGUGAUCCUGCACGAUGGCUGCUAUACAACCGACAUCUUGGCCUGACCUCCAGCCAGAACUUCUGGGCCUUGUCCUCAGGCAGCUCCCUUCCCUUGCUGACCGUGUUCGACUGCGAGCAGUCUGCCAGACAUGGCGCUGCAAUGCCCGACUGCAGCCCCUGCCCCCUCCGCUCCCAUGGCUUGCCCUCCUUGAUGGGACCUUCCUCAGCAUCCCGGGUGGUGAAAUCCACCGCAUGCCUAUUCCUGAUGAUGCUCUCGUUACCAUGGCUCUAUUGACAACUGGCUCUUACUCAUGCAAAAUGAUGGCAGGUUCUCUUUGGUGAACCCUUUCUCCAAAACUAUGCUGCAGCUUCCUAAGCCAGCCAACAUUUCGCACCAAAUGAGGAAUGGCUACACCGGCAAUCCAUUUCUCUAUAAGUUGGUCAUGCCCUCGUCCCAGGACUUCUCACCAGAUUCCCUUGCUGCUGUGCUGAUCAUGGACGAUGGUUUUAACAUCAAACUUGGUAUUUGCCCGCCCCUGGUUCCCAACGACGCAUUGAGAAAGUUUAAUCAUGAUCACCAUACUUGUGAUGUUGUGUUCUUUAAUGGAAAGCUGUAUGCUUUCGUUUCCAGGGGGCUAUUCCUUGUUGAGAUUGCUGAUAAUCACAAAAUUAAGCCAAAAAUCUCAUCCAUCAAAUCCGUAAUUGACCCUAUCAAGUUUCCAGAUAUUGCAGAUCGAUCCUCUAAUGAGAGUUAUCUCUUCGGAGAUUGGUAUUAUCUAGUUGAAUCUGGCGGUAGACUGUUGCUUGUUGUGCGGCAGGUCAGGGUCUGGUCCCCUCUGCCAGAACACGGUCCACACACCAUUUGGUUCGAGGUCUUUGAGGAAGACUUGAUCGCCAAUUCGUGUCAUAAAUGGAGAAGAAUAAGCUCCUUGGCAGGCCAAGCGCUCUUUAUCAGCACAUACUCCAAGUCUCGUCCUGCUACUGAAUGUGGUUUACCUCAGGAAGACUGCAUCUACUUCAUAUGUGACUAUGCCAGAGAUUAUCCUACUCCUGAUCCUCUUCGGGACUCCGGUGUGUUCAACAUGAGAAAUGGGACGAUCACGCCGUUGUUACCAGAUACCACAGCGGUGCAGCCUCUUUGCAAGGGGUGCCCGACAUGGUUUUUCCCUUCUCAUGCCAUGUAAUCCACAUUCCAGCAUGACGUUCUUGAUCUGUUUGUCGGGUUCUUAUAUAUGUAGUUCAGUAUUGGAGGCUGGAUUCUGCUUGUGUGUACCCCUGCCUAGAUUGUCAAGAAGACAAGUAUUGCCUAGCUUCUGCUUAGGAUAGAUUUGAAUAAGCAAGUCUGGGUUCUUGUGAAUUCAGCUUUCAUCUGUUUAUGCCACACUUUUUAUUUGA